CCACGCUCUUAGACACAUGUUUGACAAGGUAGCCAAUAUGGCUGCGCCCAUGAAUUCAAAACAACACCCAUAACACAUAUUUGUGUUAAACAGUGAUAAACAUUUUAAAGUGUUGAUAUUUUACUUUAAAUCAGUAAACCAUGUUAAUGCAGUUAUUGUUAACUCGAUAUAAGCUUUAAAAUGUACUUAAAUUAAAAGUGUAGAAACUAUAUAGAUAUUUCAAUUUCAAGGAAAACCGGAAAUUAUUCACGGAAGACCCACUCAAAUCGGUUUUCAAGUGACAUUAUUUAUUUAACUAGUUAAGUCGGUGAAAUUUAUACUGUCGAUGUUGUGAGUGCACAAAAAUGCCACAACUUCAAGCAUUUAGAAGAAAAUGGGCAAUUGGAAGUGAUGAUUUUGUAUAUCCUGGUCUUGGAGAAAUAUUCCUUCGUAUAAUUUGGUUGGUCGUUGUUUCUGUUAUAUUCCAUCUCCACAAGGAUGCAUUCAAUUGCAAAGGAGGAGAUUUGUUACAUGCUUACUUUGUUGGCUUACUGACAUUACUUGUUGUCAGUAUCCUUAUGGCAUCUGUGGUGGUUUACUUGAGCAUGCAAGGAACGAUUACUAACCAAUGGCCAAGGAGAAAAAUAACAAUUCCUUUAUACAUUAAAGUAGCCAUUUGUUUGCCAGAGUUGGCUUGGAACAUCAUGGGCACAUACUGGUCAUUUGGCAUAUCUAGUGGAUGUGAGGUACCUGUUGUGUUGACAGUAAAAGCAGUAGUUCUUACUGGCUGGGUCAUUGGAAUAAUUGUAUUGGUUGGCCUAGGAAUUGUUUUUGAUCCACUUGGUGCAAUCCAUGGGUCCUCUACUGCAUCUAAGGAGCAAGCCCAAAGACUUUGGCAAACAAGAUGUAAAAUACUCUGUUGCUGUGUUGGCUGUGAUGAAAAAAGUAUAGCUGCUUUCAAUGGAAUAGCUGAGAUUGUUUCAAACUUUUUUGAGGGUGUAGAUCUUGUUCCCACGGAUAUCGCAUGUGGCUUAAUCCUUGUUCAUCGAAUUCAGAAGAAUGAACAACAUAGGCUUAAAUCAGUUGUUGUCCAAACCAGAGAUUUACAAAGGCCAGAUACACAUACCAACAGUAUUCCUAGUUCUUCAAGUUAUCCUGCCCCUAAACAUUGGAUGACAGUGCCAUUAAUGUGCCACUACAUGAAGUUUGCUAUGGCUAGCUAUGGAUGGCCUCUCUACGUAUUUACCCAUCUUUUAACUGGUGCUUGCCGUUUGUGGCCACAGUGCAGGUGCUGCACAUGUACCAAGUCCCAUGGUGAUGUGACGAACGACAACUGCUGUCUGUGUAAUACCGCUUCCAUACACAAAACCACCGGGACUUAUCCAGAUGAUAUUGUCUAUGCUUCAUUUCAUAAUAAGAUUUACGAAAUUCCAUUCUUUGUCAGUAUUGAUAGAAAACAUAACGCAGUCGUGGUUGCUGUGAGGGGAACACUUUCUCUGAAAGAUGUGAUAACAGACCUGACAGCAGAGUGUGACUCCCUGGACAUUGAGGAUCUUGAGGACUGUAAGGCACACCGGGGCAUCCUGCAGGCUGCCAAGUAUGUGCAGGAAACACUCGACAAACACAGAAUACUCGAGAAUGCUUUUGACAUAGCACAGGAGGGUGCCCAGCUGGUGAUCACGGGCCACAGUCUGGGCGCUGGUUCAGCUUCCCUUCUUGCCAUUCUCCUCAAGCCCAAGUACCCAGACCUCAUCUGCUUCGCUUUCUCUCCAUCUGGUGGACUUAUGAGUCUUCAUGCUAGCGAGUACUGUCGAGACUUUGUCUGUUCUGUGGUUCUGGGGAGAGACAUUAUCCCACGUCUGGGCAUUCACACCAUGGAAAGGCUCAAGGCUCAGCUGCUGCGGGCUGUACAGGCUUCUGACAUGCCAAAGUACCAGUUGCUGGCCAGUGGAGUGUGGCAGAUGUUUUGUGGGUUGGGGGAGCCAAGCCCUCCCCCUAGUGAGGAAACAGAGGUACACACACCCCUCAUCUCUGACACCCACCCCACCCCUUCAUAUGCCCGGCACCAACCAGAUCUGCAGCCAAAACCAAUAGGGGUUGCUGCGGGCAUUGCUGAGCGACAGAGGGAACAGCGUCUGCUCACCCACACCUGGAUGUAUCCGCCAGGCCACAUUUUACAGAUCAUUGAGGCCUCUGAGAAAGUGUCUUGCUGUGGAGAGCCUGACUAUGAGGCCGUAUGGUCACAGCCUGAGGAAUACAAGGAGGUGCUGGUCAGCCCAAAGAUGUUGUCUGACCACAUGCCUGACGCAGUCAUGAAGGCCCUCGACCAGCUGAUGGACCGGGGCAUCCUGCCAACCACCCAGCCCAUUGAUGGGCAAAUCAUUGUGUGACUAUGUGUCCUGCCCGGCUCCCAUUCCCUAACACUGCCAUCAUCCCAUGACAGGAGACGAAGCAAUCUCCAUGUGACAAGGAGUGGAGUAAUAACUGUCUUUUGGAAUUUAUAUAUGUUUUUAUAGAGAAUUGAGUUAUGAUCUCCAUGAAAGAAAGUUUCCUUGUCAGUGUUCCAUGUCUUUUAGACAAACAAUUCAUUUGACUAUUUUUGUACUUCUUAUACAUCUUCAUAUUUUUGUAUUAACUGUUUCCAGUUUAAUAUUAUGGCUAAAUUUUUAAUCAAACCAACUUUUGUUAUCUUCUGUAUGUAAUUGGUGCACAGUAUGGAAGUUUUCACAUUGAACUUUUCAACAAUAAACAAUUCAACAAA